GAAAUUCUAUUCAGCAGUUUGAAAUCAUUCCACAGCUUUUCUCAUUCACCCUCCCACUUGGGGCUAUUGCAAGCCAUGACCAUCUAUUGAGGAAAACCGCAAAAAACUUCAAAACAGCUACAACGGUAUCCUAAGAAGAUUUCAACUGUAUACAAGUACCUUUGUUCAAGGCACCUAACUAUUAAAAAACUGAAAUUGUCAACAGUGCUUGGAUUUUUGAUAGAAAAAGAACAAAAACCACUUUCUGAAACUAUUUUUCAGAAGGUCAUCAAUACAUAAAAACUUUUAGCAUCUAAUUAAAGAUCACUAAGGGUUAAAUACUUGUUCUCUAGUCCCUACUGCGUACACUCUGCCAAAAAGUCCUCUAAGCUUUUAAAUAUUGCUUCGAUGGUCUGCGUUUUUACUUCCAGGGAAAAAGAGAGUAUUGUCCCACAGUCAGCAGGCCACUAGCUUAUUAACUUCCAGACACCUUAAUUUUUGCUAAAAUGAAGACUCUGCAAUCUACACUUCUCUUGUUCCUGUUUGUGCCUCUGAUAAAGCCAGCACCACCAUCUCAGCAGGACUCUCGCAUUAUCUCUGAUUAUGGAACAAAUAAUUUUGAAGAAACCUUAUUUAGCCAAGAUUAUGAGGAUAAAUACCUGGAUGGAAAAAGUAUUAAGGAAAAAGAGGCUAUCAGAAUACCUGAUGAGAAAAGUUUUGAAUUACAAAAAGACGAGAGUACAAUACCAUUAUCCCCCAAGAAAGAAAACGAUGAAAUGCCCACAUGUCUGCUGUGUGUUUGUUUAAGUGGCUCUGUAUACUGUGAAGAAAUUGACAUUAAAGCUGUACCACCCUUGCCAAAGGAAUCAGCCUAUCUUUAUGCACGAUUCAACAAAAUUAAAAAGUUGACUGCCAAAGAUUUUGCAGAUAUACCUAACUUAAGACGACUUGAUUUUACGGGAAAUUUGAUUGAAGAUAUAGAAGAUGGCACUUUCUCAAAACUCUCUCUGUUAGAAGAACUUAUACUAGCUGACAAUCAACUACUGAAACUUCCAGUUCUCCCUCCUAAGCUUACGUUAUUUAAUGCAAAACGCAACAAAAUCAAGAGUAGGGGAAUAAAAGCAAAUGCAUUCAAAAAAUUGAAUAAACUCUCCUUCCUCUACCUGGACCACAAUGCCCUGGAAUCCGUGCCUCUUAAUUUACCAGAAAGUCUGCGUAUAAUUCAUCUUCAGGGUAACAACAUAACUUCAAUUACAGAUGACACAUUCUGCAAGGCUAAUGACACCAGUUAUAUUCGGGAUCACAUUGAAGAGAUACGCUUGGAAGAUAAUCCCAUCAUCCUGGGAAAAUAUCCCAACAGUUUUAUCUGCUUAAAAAGACUGCCUAUAGGGUCAUACAUCUAGUCACUAUCAACACAACAUAUAAGCUAAAGUAGACACAUACUUAUAAUCUGUUUCAACAUGUCUAAAGGAGCAUAAAUAUUUAAUAUUAAUUUUGUAUCCUACUAUGAAGGAACCUACGUUUUAGGAAAGGGUGUUCAAAAAUCUUACAUAUAACAAUAACUAGAAAGUAAGAUUGAAUCUCUAAAACAAAGUAAUGUCAAUAUACUUGAACAGCAUUAUAAAAUCCUUGUAGUUUAUUCUAGAAUACCAUUUAAAAGGUCCUUUUUUAUAUAAGUACUCAAACUUAAAAAGCAUUACUAAGUGAGAGGACAUGUCCAAAAAACACUCAAAAGGUUGUCUUUCCUGGCUGCUACUGGAUCCCUGAAGCAUUUAAGGCACAUGCUCCAAAAACUUUGAAAACCUAAAUAUUUCCAGUGGUCUCCCACUCUCAUUUUAUGAUUCAUUAAUAUUCAUUAUGAAGUGGGAAAUCUAUUUUCUUUCUAUUAAGGCAGCUACUAUAUUUUUACUUAGCCUGAGAAAUAGGGAAUAGUCUCAUACCUAGGAAAAACUUUACAAAUAAAGUACAAUUUUUACUCUCAAAUAAAGAGCUAAUUUAGUAAUGUUCAGUUAUUCUGCUUUGUAGUCACACAGUUAAAGGAUUUAGUAAAAUAAUACAUUUUCUUUAAUCAAAAUAUUAACAUUCUGAGUCUACCAUAACACAUUUUAAGAAGUCAAGCAGGGAGUUCCCAUUUUGGCACAGCAGAAAUCAAUCUGACUAGUAUCCAUGAGGAUGCCGGUACGAUCCCUGGCCUCAUUCAGUGGGUCAGGGAUCAACAUUGCGGUGAGCUGUGGGGUAGGUCCCUGAUGCGGCUCAAAUCCUUGUUGCUAUGGCUAUGGUGUGGGCUGGCAGCUGUACCUCCAAUUUGACCCCUAGCCUGGGAACUUCCAUAUAUUGUGGGUAUAGCCCAAAAAAAGCAAAAAAAAAAAAAAAAAAAAAAAAAGUCAAGCACAUCAAAAUCAAUAUGCUUAUGAGAAAAACUGAAAGUCCAUUCUGUUUCUCAGAACAUAGCUAUAAAGUUCUUCACUGAAAGGGUUUUCAAUUAUGAAAUAUACUGCAAAAUAUUUUCUUUUCAUAUUAUAGGAAUAAGAAUCCCAUCAAUAAAUCUAUCUGAAUGUAAGACAUUCAAAGAGAAUUCUGUGGUGUUACAAUCGUAAAACACCUUCCCACCCACCCAGACACAUCCAUGUUCAUGCAAACAGAUCAUAUGCUCACAAGAAAGCAUCUUAGGAAUAUUUUUGAAAUAGUUAUGAUUAACUGAUAAGUUUAUAGAUGAGAAAUCAUCUUCAGUCUAAUAGCGAUGAUUUGUGAUGGCAACCCUGUGAGAUUAAAGCUCUCAAACCCCACUUAAAACUCUUAGUCUCCAUAUUGCUUUGAGGUUACAUAUAAAAUUAUCAAUGCUUUAGAAACAAGGGGCUAAACUAUGUAUAUAAAAUCACCGACAUUGUUUCCAACAUAAAUUAUAAAUUACAAUCAAGUUGGUCUCUGUAUAUUAUUCCUAGAACAAAUAUUAUUCCUUUUUUUUCAUUUACUUCUAUUUUUUGGUACCUAGAAUGACUUCUUCUUUUUUCAACGUUCUCCCCAUUUGCCACGUUUGACUGCAUGAAGAAAUUUUUUCAUGAUAACAUCUGUGAUCUCUUAAGGCCACAAAAAUCACCACUGUAACACUUACUAACUAGUACACCUAUUUUAUUUUGGUAGCUGAUAAUCAUAAUUAUACUGCUUUCUCAUUUUGUGUGCAUGUCUCACUUCUCUGUGACUGAAAGCUCACUGAGCACACUGACCAUAGUCAAUAUUUGCUUUACACAUUCACAGUGCCUAGCAUAAUAGUGAGCAUAUAUAAACUGAAUAUACAGUAAACAGUGCAAAAUAAAAUACAGUUAAACAGAA